ACGUGGUAUGAAAUACUAGUAACAGAAGUUAAAAAAAAUUGUCCAAACUACAUACACUUAAAGCAUUGAGUUAUUUUUGGUUGGAAUAUAAUUUAUUAACGAUGAGCAUAGUGGAAAUUAGUGAUGGGGUGAUAGAGGGAGAGCUGGUGGAGAACCCUUUCGGUGGGCAGUUCCACAGUUUUAAGGGAAUACCGUACGCAGCGCCCCCUGUUGGUGAUUUGAGGUUUAGAGCGCCACAACCACCUGAACCAUGGGAAGGGGUCCGCAGCGCCACAGAGUUCGGUCCAAUCUGUUACCAAGUGGAUCCUCUCACGGAUCCAACUCCGAAAGGUAACGAAGACUGCCUUUACCUGAACGUAUAUACCCCUGACUUGGAGCCCGCUGUACCUUUGCCUGUUAUGGUGUGGAUCCACGGAGGAGGUUUCGUCUUCGGCAGCGGGAACGAUGACAGAUAUGGCCCAGAAUUUCUGGUUAGACAUGAUGUUGUACUUGUCACUUUCAAUUACAGACUUGAAGUGCUCGGCUUUCUUUGCCUGGAUACCGAAGAAGUGCCUGGAAAUGCUGGGAUGAAGGACCAAGUUGCAGCUCUACGUUGGGUCCAGAAGAAUAUCAACCAAUUUGGUGGAGAUCCAGAGAAUGUUACAAUUUUUGGUGAAAGCAUUGGUGGUGCGAGUGUCAGUUUUCAUCUCGUUUCGCCGAUGUCAAAGGGUUUAUUCAAGCGGGCGAUCGCUAUGAGCGGUCAUAUGAAUUGCUAUUGGGCACUUAUAUCCCGGCCUGUGCUGCGAGCUACUGCCCUGGCGCAACAAUUAGGCUGCGACUCUUCAGACCCUGAAGAACUCAGCUCCUUUUUCAAAGAACAGCCCGUUACUUCGCUAGUUAAUUGCUUACCUCCCGUAUACUUUUAUGAGAGACUUGGGGGUCUUUCUUUGUCAAUACCAUUGUUUUCUGUCGUCUCCGAGAAACAAUUCGGUGACCACGAGAGGUUUUUCGAAGGAGAUCCGUUGGAAGCUCUGCAAAACGGAAUACAUGAAGGUGUUGAGGUUAUUUCUGAUUUUGUUGAGCACGAAGGUGUAUUUAGCAUGAAGCUUAGGGGGGGAUACGACCAUAUCAAAGAAUUUACUAAAUUUCUUGAAUUCUAUGUGCCGAUGGCAAUAAGAUUUAACUGCGGCUUGACAGCUCAGUUGGAGGCAGCCAUGCAGAUAAAAGAAUUUUACCAGAAUGGGAGCACUGAUCCUGAUGUAUUGAUGCGCUUUUGUUCUUUUGAAGAUUUCCAGUAUGGUGUCAUCCAGUGGCAAAGGAUCUGUGCAAAGACAAGUCCAAAUAAGUUUUAUCUAUACAAAUUCUGCUGCAAGUCUGAGAGGAAUCUGAUGACUUAUGGACUAGGUCUCGCUGAAUUAUUUGGGAAUGAGCCAAAAGUAUGUCAUGCCGAUGAUCUGGGGUACUUAUUUCCCCUUAAAUGCUUCAACUUACCAGUUGAUCCUGAAUCUACAACCUUCAAAAUGAUAGAUAAUGUCACCAAACUCUGGACCACCUUUGCAAAAUGUGGGGACCCAACACCUAAUGACAGACUGGGCGUACGCUGGCCAGAGUACACCACAGACGGAGAAGAAUUCCUGGAGAUCAACGAAGAACUGACGCCCUCAUCAGCUGUGAUGAAGGAUGAAGUGGAACUUUACGAGAAUAUCUUCACGAAGUUUCUGCCGAAUCAACUUGGGUCAUACACAUCUUUUAUGAUCAACUCGAUUGCUUCAUUGAUCAAAAGCUAAUUUUUACGCUGAUUACAAAAGGGAUAUUCAAAUUUUUUCU